CCCAUCCCGCGACGCAGAGGCGCAAACCCCGAUCUCUAUCGGCUCAGGAUAAGUACAGUUCAACCGGCACCGCGCUAGUCCAGCACUCCAUCCAGCCUCGGCCCGUGCUGCCAACCAGUACCACUCGAUCGCCACAGCUUCGUUAUUCACUUCAGUGCUGUCUCGUCAUGGCGCUCGGUGGUCUGUUCGGCACGGCGGCGGUGGCCGUGGUCGUGUCGCUGGCGGUCCACGUCGCGCUCAACUGCCCCAUCCAGCCGGUCCCGUCGCCGCCGCCGCCCGCCGCGCGCUACCCGCCUAAUAACCUCCUCCAGGGGCUGGAGAAGCUGGGGGAAGGGCAGCUGAGCGCGCCGGAGGACGUGUACGUGGACGCGGCGGCGGGAGGGACGCUGUACACGGCGACGAGGGACGGGUGGCUGCAGAGGAUGCACCCCAACGGGUCGUGGGAGCAGUGGCGGUUCGUCGGCGGCACGGGCCUGCUCGGCAUCGCGCCCUCCGCCGACGGCAGCGUGCUCGUCUGCGACGCCGACAAGGGGCUGCUGAGAGUUGAAGAGGGCCGCGUGACCAUCCUCGCCUCAACGGUCGGAGGCUCCACGAUCAGGUUCGCCGACGAGGCGAUCGAGGCAUCCGACGGCACGGUGUACUUCAGCGACGCCAGCACCAGGUUCGGCUUCGACCGGUGGUUCCAUGCCUACGUCGAGUCCCAACCCACCGGCCGCCUCCUCAAGUACGACCCGCGCACCGGCAAGGCGUCCGUCGCGCUAGACAACCUCGCCUUCGCCAACGGCGUCGCCCUGUCGCGGGACGAGGCCUUCGUCAUCGUCUGCGAGACAGGGAGGUUCAAAUGCACGAGGCUGUGGCUGAAAGGGGACAAGGCCGGGCAGGCGGAGACGUUCGUCGACGACCUUCCGGGGUCUCCGGAUAACAUCCAGCUAGCGCCAGACGGCUCCUUCUGGGUCGCCCUUAUCCAGAGGUCGCCGUGGCUGGACCUGGUCAUGCGCUGGACGUUCACGAAGAGGGUAGUCGCCUCGUUCCCGGCGCUGCUCGACGCGGUCCACGCCGCGGGGAAGGGGGCGAUGGUGGCGCAGGUGUCGGAGAACGGCGAGGUCCUCCGCGUGCUCGACGACUCCGAAGGGAAGGUGAUCAACUUCAUCACCUCAGUGACGGAGUUCAACGGAGACCUCUUCUUCGGGAGCCUCGCGACCAACUUCGUGGGCAAGCUAUCUCUGGCCAAGGUGGCACAGGCACAGGGCCAGGCGGCGGCUUCUUCCUAGUUCCUAGACAGUUAGCUUCAUCAUCCAUCGCCAUCGGACUAGUAAUAAAGGCAUCGGGAAUCUCACUGUGGGUGACAGAUUCAGCACUGUAACAUGCACGGCUCCGCCGUAAGCAGUCAGAUAGUAGUAUCAGUCAUGGUUUCAGAAUUCAGCAUUGUGUCAUCAGAAUAAGCAGUCAGGUAGUACUAUCAGUUGUGGUUUCAGAGUUCAGUGAUUUGUAAAAGGCUCAAAUGACCGACGGAUGAGCAGGUUUGUUCUGA